UUUACUCCGAGAAGUUACGCUGUCACAACGCGCUAUCAAAUAUUUAUUUACAAAAAAAUAUAUAUUUACACAAUUAAAUAAAUAAAUACUGUACAAUUAUAACCAAGUUGUCCUUAAAACAAAAAAAACAAAUAUUGUUAGUUAAAUGUGUCUUGAAUAAAAACAAGUGCCUGAAAAAAAAAAGAGGAAAAAACAUCAAUAAAAUCGACAAACAUUCUCCAUUUUCUUUGGAAUUUUCACAAGUGAUUUAUGGCCCAACAACAAGCUGUGAAAAUAUUAACAAAAUUACUAAAUAAAACAAGAAAAUUAUACAAUCAAGGACACACUUGACAUGUAAAUAUAAUUUAAAUAAUCAUCAUAAAUUUGUCCUUCAUAAUAAUUAAUUUUAAUUCGUCUCAAGACUAUUAAUAAUGACAUUUUCAUUUUUAGUGAUAAUACAAUUCAUGAUAACAAUACGAUAAGAAAUAAAUAAAAAAAAAAAAAAAAAUUGUUUUGUUAUAUAUUUCAACAUGAAUAAUAAAAUAAAAAACAAUGUUGAUUGUGAGAUUUUUAAAAAUCAAGGACGAUCUGGGAACAUUUGAUUUCCUGUGCCAUAAAAAAAAAAAAAAAUCAACAUAAAUAAAUAACGAGGAUAUAAACAACAAUAAAUUUACAACAAUAGAAAAAAAAAAAAAAAGAAAAUAAAAAUUGAUGGGAAAAGUUUAACAGGUGUAUGUGAUUUUUUUUAUUUCUAUUUUCUACACGAGUGUGUUUACAAAAAUUAAUUAGAGUGAAAAAAAAAAAAAAAAAGAAGAAGAAUAAAAUUAAAAAUGACGGAUUUAUUGAUUGGAAUUGUUGGUGGCAAUUAUCAUAAUAAUAAUACAACAACAAAUGAUGUUGUUUAUCGUGCAAGAGGUGCUGAAUUACGUGCAUAUAGAAAUUCUGAUAUGAGACAUUCAAAAAGUGAAGAUGUUUUGGGACAAUUAAGUGGUGCACCAACAAGAACACCAAGUCCAUUAUUACAUGAACAAAAACAUCUUGGUAUUUGUGCAUCUGAAGAUGAUUUAAUUGCAUCAACAGCACUCAUUGAUUCAUCAUCAAUUAAUUUAAUACAUAAUAAUAAUGAUGAUAUUAAUAAUUUUUGUAAUUAUGGUGAUAAAAAAAAAAUUAUUAAAAAUUUUAAUGGUGAUAGAAUUGAUCCAGAAGAUUCAAUUCGUGAUAUUGUUAGUGAUAAUGAUUUAUACAGAUAUGUUCUUUUUAAAAGACACUAUGAUAAAUACAUUGCACUUGCUGAAAAAUAUGAAGAAUCACGUGGUGUUGCAUACUACCUGGAAGAACGUUAUCACGAAGUGAAGGCUGAACGUGAUAGACUUGAUGAUAUAAGAAAAAAACUUGAAAAACGUCUUGAAAAUCAUGAAACAACAAUACGUGAUAAAGAUGAAGAAUUAUUUUUACAUUUAGAACAUAGUUUACAUCUUGAUGAUGAAAUUGAUAAAUUAAAAAAUGAACGUGAUAAUUGUUUAAAGGAACAUGAACGUCUUGAGCGUGAACAAAAAUCAGCAUUACGUCAAUUACAGUUACAAUCAACUGAAAAUGAAAUAAUAAGAAAAAAUUUAGAACGUUCAAGACAGGAUGUCGUUCGACAAGCAACCGUCAUUCGUGCUGAACGCGAUGCACUGGAACGCGAGAAUGUCGUAUUAAAAGAGAAAUUGAGAAUUGAAAAAGUUGAAUUAGGCGCUGAAAGAAGAAGACGUGAAGAGGAUAUUGCUGUGUUAACACAUGAAGCAUCAACAUUGAGACAUGCAGCAAGACAUUUAAGAGCAGCAGCAUUACAUGCAACAACAUGUAGAAGAAGACGUAGAUGUUCUGUUUGUAUUUAUGCUAAACGUACAUUUUCUGAAGUUGAUGAUUAUCGUAAUGAUGGUAAAUUAUUUAAAUGUCUUCAAGUACCAUUACAAGAUAUUAGAACUUGGCUACGUCCAGAUCAAUUACAAUCAGCAAGUUCAUCAUCUGGUUUACGUACAAGUUCACCAAUGGACAGAGCAAUUAGUUAUAUUGAUGAUCCAUCAAGUAGUUCUGAAGAUGAAGAGUUUGUUGAUAUGCCAAUGGCUGAAGAAUCAUUAUCAUCAACAAAUUCUGGUGUACAACCAACAUCAUCACGUGCAUUUUCAUCUGAUUCUGGUUUUUCAUCUGAAAUUGGUGAUCGUCGAUCAAGAUCAUAUGAAACUGGUGGUAGUAGUCGUAAAAUAAGUGAAUCAUGUAGUGAAACUAAUGAUGGACAACAACAAAAUUCUGGUACAUUUAGUAGAACAAAAUGGACAUCAUCAUUUCGUCGUUUACUUGGUCGUAAAUAUCGUGUUAAAAAAAACACUGAUAAGUAAAAUUUAUUUUUAAUAAAAAAAAUAUUAAUUAAUCAAUUAAUUUAAAAGAAAACAAAAACAAUUUAAAUAUUGAUUUAUUAUUUAUUUUUUUGUUUAAAUAUAUAAUCAUUUUAUUUUUAAUCUUUUUUUUUUUUUGUUUACAUAUUGAUGUGUAGCUUCAAUGAAAAAUUAUUUUUCUUAAAUUUUUUUUUUUUUUUUAUUGAUAAUCAUUAAUUCAAUAACAAGUUACUGCCAGUAUAUUUUUUUUUUUUUUUUUGUAUUAAAUAGGAAAAUUUGUGUAGCUUGAUACAGAGUAGCUAAAAAUUUGCAGUAUUUUCUUUUUUGAUUUUUCUGUUUUUAGUUGAAAAUUGUAGAAAAAAAAAAACAAAUUAAUUUCGAGUUUAUAAACUCGGUCAUUCCAAUAAUAGUAUUUUUUAUUUUUAAAAAAUAAAUAUUGUAUACCUGAUAAAUUAUGACCAAUUAAUAUGGUAUUUAUCCAAGUUAUUAUCAUCUUGCCGAUUUUAUUAUUUUUAUUCUUCAAGGUACUCUCGCGUAUGAGUGAUUUUAUAGGAAAAAAAAAUAUAUAUAAAUAUAAAUAAAAAUAAAUAAUCAUUCCGAGUACAAGACUGUUCAUGUUAGAUAAUAAUUAAAAAAAAUUUCAAGUACUUAAUUAAUUAAUACACUUGAUAGAAAAAAAAUAAAAUAGUUGUAAAAAAAAGCAAACACAAAAACGUUAUUUAAAUCAGAAAAAAAUUAUUGUAGACGUUUAUUAUUAAUUUUUUUGAGGUAAAAAAAUUCAAGUAUUCAAUGUUCCUGAGAUAUUUAAAUUAUUUAAUGGUGCUUUUGUUUAUUUAUAUUAAAUAACAAUUAAUUAAAAGAAAAAAACAAAUUUUAAAAAAUUGUUAAAUUAAUUAUUAAAAAUAUUAUUCAUCAAAUUAAUUACAAUUUAUUAAUACGUUGAUACAUAAUCGUUAUUUAUGUAUAAAAACUCAAGGAACAAUAAAUAUAUAUUUUGUUUUUUAAUAUUUUUUUUAACAAUAAUUGUACUAGCGGGUGCCAAAAAAAAAAUACUUGAAAUGCACAAGACGAAUUUGGCACAAAAAUUAUCAUUGAUAUUAGUAUUAAAUUAUACUUGAAAUAUCCGUCGAUGCAAUUGAGAAUUGUUGAUAUAAAAAUAGUGAAAAUUAGUUAAUUAAACCACAAUGCUCAGUCAAUAAUAAUUAAAAACUCUGUAAUCCUCGUUGACACGAGGAGUUUGACAGAGAAUUUAAAAAAUUGACAGAAAAAAAAAUCGAUUCAAUUACAAAAAAAAACGAUAUUAGAAAAGAAAAAUUUAUUAAUUUAUAAUUAUUGUUAAUUGUUUUAAUAAUAAAUAAUCAAUUGUAAAAAUAAUUAUGAAGUUUUUAGAACCAAUUGAAGGAGAAUCUAAAAAGAAAAAAAUAUCGUUGUAAUAUGUAUCGUGAUUUGUCCAGGCAUUUAAUGCUAAUUAUAAUAAAAAUGAAAAUAACAUUUAAAAAUAAAAAAUAAUUUUGUUCACCAGUAUCUUUCAUCCCUUGACCAUCGAAAACUCUUAC